GUUUUAACGCAAUAGAUACCAACCCACAAUCUAUCAUGGGCUCAUCUUCUUCAAAGACUGCAUACUCAGCCAACAACACAGGCGGGGCAUCAGUUGCUGCAUAUGAAUUAUCGAGCGCUCUGACUGAUACCCUGAGCGAGAUCGACCUCAAUGGCUAGUUGUAACUCUAACUUGUUAAUCGAACACUCACUGAGUCGGCUAAUAGGUAGCUUGAAUGAGCAACUUCGCCAGCUGCUUGAACGUCUAGAUCAAGAAGCAGCCAAGUAUGCCAACUCCAGGGUUAACGAUGACGAUUCAAUAGAAUGGAAUCCGUCUCAAUCUGAAGUCCAGCUCAUAUCGGCGGCGUGGAAGUGUGCGCGUGGGACCUAUGACCUCGAGGGCACCAUGGCUGAUACCAGCUACUGCACGUUUCGUCGUGAUCAAGUAGUCGACAGCUCUUUCGCCGGGACCGUCAAACUCAUCACAUCUACUGUCAUCGAGACCAAGGCAGACUCGCCGGCGACUGAUUCAUUACCGGUUCUGGUGCUGGCAAUACGCGGAAGUGCCAGUAAAAUGGACCACAUCGUAAAUGUCAACGCUCAGCCCAGGACGACCGACAGUUUCAUUGGGUGUCUAGAGGACCUUAAAGCCCAUUCUGGCUUCUUGAAUAGUGCACGAGCUCUGGAAUCGAUUGUCACAAAUCUAAUCAACAAGUAUCUGGAGUCUUAUCCUGAGAUGGGUAAGAAGAAACCGCACAUUCUUUUUACGGGACAUUCCGCCGGCGGAGCUGUAUCACAGUUAUUAUAUCUUCGCCAUAUGUCCAACCAAGAUUUAAACAAGUCUGCGAGAUUUUCGUGCGUCACAUUUGGCGCACCUCCUUGCUUGACCCAGCGCGUUGAUCUCGACAUGUUUCAGCCAAGUCGCGGAACUUUGUGCGUCAACGUUAUCAACGAGUUCGAUGUGGUCACUCGAGCCGACAAACCAUACAUCUUAUCCUUGGUAGAUGUCGCCAGAGCAAUGCUAGACUUGCCACCAAAGACAGCCAUUUCCGAGCCUGAAACAAGCGAGGGGAUAGUCGGCGCUGCUUUAGAGACGACUAGAGAUGAAAAAUGCCGCCUUUCAGACGAUUCUGAAGACUUUCUUGUCAAAGAAUCAAAUUUUUGGCGCUUUCCUCGGCCUUUCUACCACCAUGUCGGACCUAGGGUUAUUCUUUUGACACGCUUCGUUGACAAUCAGAUGAGUCUCAAAGCAGUUGAAACAAGCCCUUCGGAGUUCCAAAAGUUGCUCUUCUGCCGUGUUACUGUUCAUGGCAAGAGAUUCUACGAGGAAAGGAUUUGUGCUUUAGAGCAGGGACGUUUCAAUAAUCGGUCAGCCUGGAAGCCAGGAGAUUCUAAGGAUAAACUUCUUGAUCAAAGAUAGUUCUACUGAGCAACUAAUGGCCAAUUCUGAGAAUGCGUCUUGCCCUAUGAGCGAACUGGCAACUUGACAUGAUUUCUCCGUCUUGCAGAUUCCACAGCCCGAUAAAACUGGACAUCAGCCAAUAUCUUGUCGGCGAGGGUCUCGGCAAACCCUGAAACUGGCGACUCUCCAAGAAACUCAUCCCCAUCAGCAGAGUCCUCCACGGCCGACAUAAUGGCCUGACACUCCCAGCACAAGCAAACCGUGUACUCCUCUCCAAAACGAAUACGAUAGAGAGUCUGGGUCUCAUCGUUUCCGACCGCCAAUUUUGACUUCUUGAUCUUGUCAUCAUGGUUAAUGAAGCGGCCACAGCGUGCUUCCAUAGAAUUCAGGUAGGCUGUUGCUGAGAGUUGGCUGGUAUGCCAGACCAGGUCAAUGUCGAGCGCAGGAACGAGCAUCUUGCCAGGGUAGAAUUUGAAAAGCCUCAGAUACCUCUCAUAUCUCUCAACUGCUCGGCGAAGAGUACCUUGCAGCGCUGGGCUUCGUAUCCAUAGAUGAGCGUUCAUCUUUUCAACGAAGACGCGUUGGCGCUCAACAUUAUCGACGAGUUUGCCGAUGAAGCGAGAAGCAUAUGGUUUGUCGAUGUCGUGUGUUUUCAUGUUGCCUUGUCGGAUAAUUGAUUUGAGAAGAGUGCCUGGAAUAACUGCUUUUCCUUCAGGGACUUCCCAGGUCUUUCCGGUGACUGCCCAAGCAUCACGGAUGGGACCUUGCGACGAGAUUGAACCGUGCUGCAUCGCAAUUAGUUUAUGUUAUUGAGUUGGUGACAUUGCCCGGUAUAAACGCACAAUAAGUUUCCAUGGGAAAUUGACCCUUGGGAGGUAUUCCCAGUCCUGGUUUCGGCAGUAGUCCAGGUAGUCAGAAGGGUUGAGUAGGAAAGCAUGCCAAAUCAUCAGUAUAUCUUGUUGAAGGGUCAGUUACGUGUCGGCUGCGAAAGAAGUGAGAUACUCACCCACGGGUGGCAGCCAUGAGGAUUCAGUCAUUGAUAUACCAGCCUUCAUAUCGUUGGCACCGUCUUUCCCCAUCGCCGAAGUCAACCAAGC